GGAGCCGUGUGAGAAGGAGGAGGAGGAGGGAGUCUGUUACGCUUGGAUGGCCGGCACAUUGAGAGGCUGGUCCGGGGAGACUCACAAGACAGGGCUUCUUUUUCUUUUUUUUUCUUCUCCCUCCCUCCUAUCUCUCUCUCUCUCUCUUUUCUGAGCCCGCCGGCCGCCAGCGUGCGCCCCGCUCCUCUCCUUCUCUGGCGCGGUAGGAGGGAGGUCGAGCUCGGCGCGUCGCAGCGACAAACACCGAGACUUCACUUUUACAGCCGGUGAGACUUCACGCCGUCAACUCGGCGACUCUGACGCGGGGAGGGGAAGAGAGAAAAAGGGGGAGGUUGUGGGAUGGAGACGCAGUAGUGCUGCCGCACGGAGGAACCGUCAUACUGCAGCCGCAUCUCGGAUCACUGGCGACCGGCAGCGACACUUUGUCUGGUGGGUAACGGAUUAAACUGAGGCGGUGGGAUUCAUGUGUACAAUUCUCGGCUAACAGAACAGCGUCGCGGAAGAGGGUGAAUUUCUGACUGGAUGUGAGCCGACCUUGACCCUUUAAAACUGAAGAUGAUGUUGCUAUGGAAAGUGCUGGGGCUGCAGUCACUUGUGUGGAGCCUUGCAGGGAGCACCGUCCUGCAGAGUCCUGUCUUCACCAAGCAGCCUGGCAGUAUCGUGUACCCGGUAGAGUCUCUGGAGAAGAACAGAGAGGUGGUGUUCAGCUGUGAAGCUCAAGCAAGCCCAUCUCCAGUCUAUCGAUGGAAACUUAAUGGCACAGAACUCAGUCCCAGUUCUGGAUCUCACUACAGCCUGUCUGGAGGCAACCUCAGAAUCAGUCAUCUGAGCAAAGACCAAGAUGCCGGAACAUAUCAGUGCCUUGCCGCCAAUACUUUCGGGACAAUCGUCAGCCGAGAGGCCAGUCUAACAUUUGCAUACUUGGAGAACUUCAAAACCCACAGAAGAAGUUCGGUUUCGGUCCGGGAAGGUCAAGGAGUGGUUCUGUUGUGUGGCCCUCCACCACAUUCUGGAGAUCUGGAAUUUACCUGGAUUUUCAACGAGUAUCCAACUUUUGUGAAGCAGGACACCCGUCGUUUUAUCUCGCAGGAGACGGGGAAUCUCUACAUCGCUAAAGUCGAACCCUCGGAUGUGGGCAACUACACCUGUGUCGUGACCCACCCCGUGACCAAGACUCGGGUCCAGGGACCACCUACACCGCUGGUGCUCCGAACUGAUGGUGUGAUGGGCGAGUACGAGCCAAAGAUUGAAGUUCAGUUUCCAGAGGUCGUUCACGUUGCCAAAGGGUCCACUGUGAAGCUGGAAUGCUUCGCGCUGGGAAACCCUGUGCCUUCCAUUAGCUGGAGAAAAGUGGACGCCACACCUUUCCCGAGGAAGGUGGACAUGAGGAAAGCGAGCGGCGUUCUGGAAAUCCCUUACUUCCAACAGGAGGAUGCUGGCACGUACGAGUGUGUGGCUGAGAAUUCCAGGGGAAUGAACACAGUGAAAGGAAAGCUCUCGUUCUAUGCUGCUCCUCAACUCAUUGAGAAACCUCAAGAUGUCCAGAAGCUCAUUGAUGACUCGUUGGUGUGGGAAUGUAAAGCCACGGGGAAGCCGAAACCCUCCUACAGGUGGAUGAAAAAUGGAGAGAACCUGGAGCCUGCAGAGGAGCGUGUACAGGUGAGCAACGGGGCGUUGUCGAUAAGUCGCCUGACCCUGUCGGACACGGGGAUGUACCAGUGCGUCGCCGGGAAUAAGUAUGGCGAGGUCUACUCCAACGCGGAGCUCAGAGUGAUAGCUGUUGCUCCAGAUUUCUCCCAUAACCAACUGAAAAGCCAAACAAUGGUCAAGGUUGGAGGCGAUGUGCUUAUCGACUGCAAACCCAAGAUGUCUCCAUGGGGCGUGAUCUCAUGGAGGAAGGGCAGCGAACCACUGGAAGACAGCAAAAGGGUUUCCAUUUUGGUCAAUGGCAACCUUCGCAUAUGGAACAUAACCAAAUCAGACGACGGCCCUUACACCUGCAUGGCAAGGAACCAGUUCGGCGUGGCCACCAGCACGGGAACCAUCACAGUUAAAGAGCCGACGAUCAUCACCACGUUGCCGGUCACGCUGGACGUCACUGUGGGGGAGAGUGUGGUCCUACCUUGUCAAGUCAGCCACGACCCUUCCCUGGAACUCAAGUUCACCUGGUUCUUCAACGAGCAGCUCAUCCACUUUGGCAGCCAUGGAGGAUUUUUUGAGAAAGUGGGCGGCCAGCAUUCAGCAGGAGACAUGAUGAUUCGAAACAUCCAGCUGAGGCAUGCGGGGAAGUACACGUGCGCGGUGCAGACCAAGGUGGACAGCAUCUCUGUGGCCAUUGACUUGGUUGUCAGAGGGCCCCCCGGCUCCCCUACCAGCAUCCAAGUAGAAGAAAUCACAGAUACCACUGCGACUUUAUCCUGGAGGCCCGGCGCUGAUAAUCACAGUCCAAUUACCGCCUUCGCCAUCCAGGCCAGGACACCGUUUUCCCUGGGGUGGCAGGCUGUCUCCACAGUUCCCAAAGUGGUAGGGGGCCACCGUCUGACAGCUACAGUAAUAGAACUGAGCCCCUGGGUGGACUAUGAGUUUCGAGUCCUGGCGAGCAACACAAUUGGGACGGGCGAGCCCAGCAAGCCAUCCAAACAAGCAAAGACAAAGGCAACCCCUCCAAUGGUCACACCAGCUAACGUGAGCGGUGGCGGUGGGAGUCGUUCGGAAUUAGUCAUCACAUGGGAGCCUGUUCCAGAAGAGCUACAGAAUGGACCGGGGUUCGGCUAUGUUGUGGCUUUCCGACCCCUCGGUGCCACAGGUUGGAUGCAGGCCGCCGUACCGUCUGCCGACACAUCCAGAUACGUCUUCAAAAACGAAAGCAUCCAGCCCUUUUCACCUUUUCAUGUGAAGGUCGGAGUUUACAACAACGAGGGAGAAGGUCCCUUCGGAACGGUGGCGGCCAUCUACUCGGCAGAGGAAGAGCCCGGCCGAGCACCAACGAGGGUACGUGCCAAGAGCCUCUCAGCAUCCCAGAUUGAAAUUGCAUGGAAGGCUCUUCCCUGGAAUGCAAAUAAGAAAAGAGUGCUGGGCUAUGAGCUGAGAUACUGGGGCAGAGGCGAAAAGGAAGACGCGGCCAAUGUGCAAAGAACUGUGGGGAAUCAGACGUCGACUGUUAUUCACGGCGUGAAAGGCAGCACUUCGUAUUACGUCUCGGUGAGGGCGUACAACACCGCGGGUGUCGGACCUCCCAGCGGCACCGUCAGCAUCACCACCAAAAAGCCUCCGCCAAGCCGGCCUCCUGGUAAAGUCAUGUGGAACACGUCCAACUCCAAGAUCAUAUUGAACUGGGAGCAGGUUAAAGCCCUGGAGAAUGAGUCCGAGGUCACCGGUUACAAAGUGCUCUACAAGAAGAACCAACACAGUCGCCCUAAUGUCAUGGAGACAAACACCACCUCCGUGGAGCUCACGCUGCCCACCGAUGAGGAUUACAUCAUCCAGAUAAAACCCUUUGGCGAGGGAGGGGAAGGCAGCAGUAGUCGGCAGAUCACCAUCCCGAGGAUACCAGGUGCCAACGCAGUGGGCUCAGCGUCCAAGGUCUCCACACUGUCAGCCCUGAGUACAAUAGCACUGUCUUUCACAGCGCGGACAUCUUUAUGACAAACAGCUCCCAGUAGACCUUGUAUCAGAAGUGGAGACGGUCUUCAGCAGAUGAUAGACACACUCCGGUGUAACUACACCCAUUCAUUUUGAUUUACCGUAGAGGCAAAAGGAAUACACAGACGCGGGGGUUGGGGGUUGGGGGGGGCAAAGUAUGUGACGUCUGGGAAGGGGUCCCCGACGACACCUUGGUAUGCGCGAGAUCUCGACAGACGUCGCGGCCGUCUUGUAACCAAAGCAGCUUUAAUAAGGAGGGGACGAGAAAAUGUUGCGUGUGCUUCGUUUUGUAUGACAUGCCAAGAGUUUAUUUUGUAUUUAUUUUAUUAUUUAUUCUUGUUUUCUUUCAAAACUACAUUUCAAUGCCAGUCUGUGCAUAUUGGAACAAAUGUAUCGAAGUAACAAACAACAUACCGGUUAGGAAUGGAACGAGACAAUGAGACUAUCGUCUAAAAAAAAAAAAAAAAACAUAUAUUACAUAUACACAUUUUAUUUUGAACAAUAUUUCGUCUCAUUAGGAGAACCUCAAAGAAAGAAUGAACAUACUGAUAAGACUUUAAAGAGGAACUGCACUUUUUUUUCGGAAUUUUGCCCGUCAUCCACAAAAGCUUUAUGUGAAACAAGAACACAUGUGUUUCUCUUUUCUGUGCAUUCUAAACCAUGACAAACUGCUAGCAAGAGGCGGCUAUCCAAAAAUAAAAAAUAAAAACAUCCAAAAACCACCAACAACGCUCCAUUGACAUGCCAUGACCUGCCUAUUAACCAAGCUAUACUAUACUAAACUAUACUUUUCUGGAUAGGGUUAUACGGUAUACAGGGAUUAGUAUAGCACCGCGAUACUAAUGAAUCAUUUUCGGUACAAUAUAUCGCCUCUGAAACCCCCCGCACCCACGUCGUCGUCAUGUCAUGACAUUGUUGGUUUUACGAGCAGAGGAGCAUGUUCGGCAGUGCACAAUCACCGAGUACUUACAAGCAGACACAGUGUGGAGACAGAAAAGGGAGAACGGACGCAUUUUGGCUUAAAAACUGACGAUAAAGGUGAAGCUAUAACACUGAAACGCCCUCAGGAAGAGAUGCUUUAAGACAUGACUAGCUAGCUUGCGGCUAACGUCCGUCCGCCGUCGGCAGUGUUUUAGCUACUUCUAAAUCACUAAUCCUUGUCUCCAUGGCGACGAAUAAAGUAUGUUUCUUACGAGUAUCAUCCCUGCAGGACGAGGAAUAGCUAAUCAUGCUUCACUACACGCCGUAGCUCACCGGCAUCAAAAUGUAAACAAACGCCAUUGGUGGAUCUACACCUGACAUCCACUGUAAUGAUACCAAGUACAGGCACGUAUCUAGUUGAUACUACUAUGUUUACGUCGAUAUUUUUUGGCAUCACAACAUCUUCUUUCGUUUUUAACAAAUGUAUAUUAUGUUUAUAAUGAGGACUUUGAAUAUGACCAAUGUAUGAUCCUGUAACGACUUGGUAUCGGAUUGAUACCAUACUUGCCAACCCUCUCGAAUUUUCCGGGAGACUCCCGAAAUUCAGCGCCUCUCCCGAAAACCUCCCGGGACAAAUAUUCUCCCGAAAAUCUCCCGAUUUUCAGCCGGAGCUGGAAGCCACGCCCCCUCCAGCUCCAUGCGGACCUGAAUGAGGACAGCCUUUUUUCAUGAUGGGA